UUAAUGUGUAAUCCACUGUAACCUUACAGGCUCACCGAUUGAUUCUGGCAAUGAGUUCUCCAGUGUUUGAAGUCAUGUUGUUUGGUCCUCUGGCCGAGAAAGAGAACCUCAGCCUUCCUGAUGAUCCACCAGAAUCCUUCAACUGGUUAUUGAAAUACUUGUAUUGUGGCAGCACAGAGUUCUCCAGCAUAAAACUGGCAGUGCAGGUCUACUGUCUAGCCAACAAGUACCAGAUGGAUGCUUUAACUAAACUGUGUUCAGAGUUUCUUCAGCGUGAGCUGAAUCCAGACAACUUUCCUGAGGUAUACGAUACCGCUGCUCUACAUGAAGAUGUCCACCUCCUUAAUAAAUGCAUUAUGAUUGUGAGAGUCUCUGCAUCUGCUGCUUUUUCAUCACCUCACUUUGGCCAGUUAAGUCGAACUGCUCUGAGACAGAUACUGCAACAAGAUUUUUACAUCAUAAAUGAGUUUGAUGUAUAUAAAGCAAUAGUUUCAUGGAUGAGUGUACUUCAGUGGCCAGUGAAGGUAAAGGUACUACUUCUCCUGCAAAUGGAGGUAAGCUCAUACUUGUGGUUGGUGACUUACAGGUAAGAUAUAUGGACCGUG